UCUAGACUUGAAUCAUGAAGGUCAUACUAGAUUUUAUAGCUCUUUUUUUCAUUGCAAUUUACUCCUACCUGGAAGCACUUGUCAAGUUGUUUAUACCAGAAAAAAGGAAAUCUGUUAGUGGAGAUAUUGUCUUGAUCACCGGAUCAGGUCAUGGUAUUGGACAACUAACUGCUCUUGAGUUUGCCAAGUUACAGAGUACACUUGUUUUAUGGGAUAUCAACAAGGAUGGAAUAGAAGAAACAGCAGAACAGUGCAGACAACUAGGAGCUAAAGCUUUCACCUAUGUGGUAGACUGCAGUAAGAGGAGCGAGAUUUAUGCUGCAGCAGAAAAGGUGAAGACAACAAUUGGGGAUGUGGAUAUUCUAAUAAAUAAUGCAGGAGUAGUGUUUGGCGUAGAAUUUCUGCAACUACAAGAUCAUCAAAUUGAGAAGACAUUCGAAGUUAACAUUCUUGCUCAUUUCUGGACUACCAAAUCUUUCCUUCCUGCAAUGAUGAAAAAAAAUUGUGGUCAUAUAGCUACAGUGGCUUCUGUAUGUGGUCAUGUCGGCUUAACAUAUCUGGUAGAUUAUUGUGCUAGCAAAUUUGGUGCUGUCGGAUUUCAUGAGUGUAUGACUGUAGAGCUCGCUAGUCUUGGAAAAGAUGGGAUUAAGACAACUUGUCUAUGUCCAGUAUUCAUAAACACCGGAUUUGUCCAAAACCCAAGUACUAGAUUGUGGCCUGUUCUAAAAACUGAGCAGGUUGUAAAAAGUUUUGUGGAUGGCAUCUUAACUAAUAAGAAGAUGAUUCUUGUCCCUUCCUCUGUGAAAUCUUAUUUAAUACUAUCAAAGUUUCUUCCUCAACGUGUUAUAUCGAAACUGAACAAGAUGCAAGAUGUGCAGUUCAGUACUACAUUAAGAAGUGCAACCAAAAUGGAUUAAUGUGGCCUCAAGAUCACAAAAUCGCUGCAUAUAUUAUGAUGCUUAAUGUGGCCUAAAGGGGUAUUCCCAUUUUAUAAAGUGACGGCAUAUCACUAGGCUAUGCAAUCAUCUGUGGAAGUCAAACUUCACUGAUAGUAAGAAAGAAGGGACAGGGGGAGAUUUAUCAAAACCUGUGCAGAGGAAAAGUUGCUGAGUUGCCCAUAGCAGAACGCUUCUUUCAUUUUGCAGAGGCCUUUUCAAAAAUUAAAAGGAGCUCAUUGGUUGCUAUGGGCAACUUUUCAUCUGGACAGAUUUUGAUAAAUCUCCCCCAUAGUUCCCACACUGCGUCAGGUCUCUUUGCAGGGAAAGACUGUGAAGAGCACCCAGCACUACACAAUAAUCAUCAGUGGGGGUCCAAUGGUUGGACUCCUAACGUAACAACAUAUCCUAGCUAUAAAGCUAUCACUUCAUGGAAUACCCCUUAAUGUAAUCUGUCAGUGGAUUCAUGCUGCCCAUACUAUGUCUAUAAUCACUAACAACUAAGUUCUAAUCUUCAGUUCUAAGGUAUAAUCAUUAAAGUGACAUGUCCAGGUAACGCAGUCCCUUUUCUUCUAGGAACAAAAAUGAUUUUGUAUACCUGUGUGUUUCAGCACACGGUAUCUUAAGGUGGAGCUUCACCACGCCCUGUGAUAGCCCAACA